AUGGCAGAAAGCCGCAGCCUGCCUGUCCCCGCCCAAGGCGACAUCUACGCCCACGAUGGCAAGCUCUCGAUCACCAAUGCCGCUGCCAACGUUUUCGUCGUCUACGGACGCCAGCCUCAAGACGCAAGCCGUCCGUCUUCGAGCCUCUCCGUCGACUUCGUCAUGGGCAACAUUUACCUCAUCGACUCUGUGUACUUCCCCCCGUUUCAGCGCAAUAGCACGCGCCACUUUGGUAGCCUCAUCAAAGGUUUCGGUCUUGAUUUUGAUGGCUACCAUCGGGGCGACACCAAAAUCAGGACGGUCUACGAUGACGUCGUCUGCGUUGUAGGCAACCAACCUGGGGCAUAUUGCUCGAUUGGAACAGUUGCCGGCAACCUCGUCACCGUUUCAGAUUUGUCCCGUUUGCUCACCCGCCCGAAGCCUUCCAACGUGGCCGUCUCGUACGUCCACGGUAUGACUCUUCAUGAGUCUCACCUUGCGUACGGCGGUGGCCUCCAAAGAGCGCUGUCCACAUGGGCUUCCAUGGCGUUUCCCCCAGCCUCACAAGCUCCUUCACAAACCUCACCCACUAAAGCUGUCACAUUAUUCAAUGAAGGACAGGCCCCAAAGAGCAACGGAAACUCGACCAUUUGGGAGGAAAAGGAAUGUGGGAGACCGGGCCAACAAAACACGGUCAACGGUACUAUCAAUCUCAAAAAAGCCAUCAACGAUCGGGAGGAGGCUUGGCAGAAAGUCAUGGAUGCAAAGAAGCAGACCGCUGCUGCUGUACGAGAGGCCGACCUGCGAAACCUAGGUCUUCUUUCGCUAGUUCAAGAUCUUGGUUCCACCACGCCUUUUGACUAUACCCAGUCUCUCGUCAACCUACCUCGCAACUGCGGUAAUUGUCACAGAGUAGAGCACCGAGUUCGAGACUGCAUCGGUCCCGUUGAUACCGAUGGGUUCAUUGCCGCCUGUCCGCUAUGUAAUCAAAACGACCACAUCUACGAUCAAUGUGUCUCACGAACGCAGCGCACCAAGGCAGAGAAAAAAGCAUUGGACUUCGAAUACUUGAUCAUGUGGCGACAGAACAAGGCCCCCAUUAGGUCCAAUAUUUGUUGGGUUAUUGUUUGGGUCAAGUAUAAUUGUCCUCGAAUGAGCCUUCCUCACACCAAAGAAUUCGCUCUCACUCUGUCGAGACGUCAGGCGAAUACCGCCCCCUAUCCAGAUUGGCAAACGUACUGUUAUCCUAUCACAUCGGCUGAUGCAAGCGCGGAAUCCAACAAAUUGCUUCACGACCCAGGCACUAUCUACGAAGGUGGAAGCUUUUGCCGUCUUUGCCCCGGAUCCCAGACCAUUCGCCCAAAUCCUGGUGGCAGCGUCGCCAGAAGGAAGAUGGGGCGGUUAGGUAUCAAAACCAGUCCAGUGAUCCAAAGCAAACCAUCCAAAAAGCAAAAGCGGAAUCAGGCUCGAAGGAAAAUGGGUGGCAGCAGUUUCGCCACCGGCGCCAACUGCACCAUUCUUCAACGUCCUCUCCCAGCAGCACCACCUGUGCGCGGUAUCCCUUCUGUCAAGAUCAAGCAAGAGGAUCCAGCCUAA